AUGGAGGGCAGCAGGGACGAGCGUAUAGAGGUCAUCCUCCGCCUCACGCUGAGCAGCUUGGGGCUGCAGAUGGAGGUCUGGAGGGACUUCCUGUCUGAGGAGGAGAACCAGGUGACCCUCAGCAGCUUCUUCAGCAUCGCAGACUACAGCAAUCUGUUCCUGUGCCGGGACCCGGGGCUCUGCAUCAGCCUCACCUUCCCCUCUCAGACCUCCUCUAAAGUCCUGGUUCUCUCCAGGAGCAGCAGGGCAGUCAUCAGCGCAGAGAACAUCAGAGACAUGUUGAUCAUGCAGGAGGUGCAGGGGGGGGGGCGCCGUGAGCUGCAUCAGCGCCGUCUGCCAGGAGGUGUGUCCUCCCUGAAGGUCACCUGUCCGCUGCUCAGUAACCCGGACCCGAGCGGCGGCUGGGCGGCCGGUGUAGCCGAGGAGGCACUGAGGUUCAUGGAGCGCCAGAAGAACGAGGCGCUGGUGAUGGAGGCUCAGAUCCACGGGCGCACCUUCCUGCCUCAGCCCCAUGCUCUCCAUGACAACCGUCUCCAUGGGGAUGUGGACCACGAUGGAGAUCUCCACGACGACGUGGACGAGAGGAAGCUGUCCGACCUGAAGCUUCUCCACGCCUGUGAUUGGAUGAUCAUUGAGUGGGCGGAGCUUGUGUCAGAGUUCCUGCAGCAGGACUCGUCUCAGGCGGUUCUGGACGGCCUGAAGCCGCUUCCCUGCGAGGAGUUUAACUUCUGGAGGAACCGCCUGAAGAACCUGCUCCACAUCCAGCAGCAGCUGAGCAGCAGCAGAGCACAGCAGGUGGCCUCCAUCGUCCAGCAGGCAGACAGCGUGUACCUGUCCACGCUCAGAGACAUCCACACAGACCUGCAGCAAGGGCUGAGGGAGGCGCAGGACGUGACGGAGAACCUGGAGCGUGUGCAGCAGAAGCUGGCGGAGCUGCAGCUGAUGGAGUUCCAGCAGCUGGAGGCCAACAUGGCGGCGGUGAUGGAGGAGGUGCAGCUGCUGUGGGUCCGCUCCGAGUUCUACUGUAAACCCUGCAGGGUGGUGGUGCUGCUGCAGGAGGUCUGCAACCUAGCAGGGACUUCCUGCAGGGGGGGGGGCGAGCUGCUGAAGGGUCUGCUGUCGGGUCCUGAUAAGGUUCUGCAGGACGUCAGCCUGGUGGUCCGGACCCUGCAGACCCUCAGAGAGACCUUCAUCCAGAGCAAGAGGAGGCUGCAGGACAUGAAGCAGGAGGGGGCCGCUCAGAGCUGGGACUUCCCUUCACACCUCGUCUUCCUCCACCUGGAUAACUUCCUGCUACACCUGCAGAACAUCCAGGAGGUGUUCAGGGUCAGUCUGCAGCUCCGUCAGCUGGAGGAGGCGGUGGUGUCGGGCGCUGGCGGCAGGAAGUGGACGGAGGAGGUUCAGGAAGUGUAUCAGGACUUCCUGCUUCAUGUGACCUCUCUGUCAGAGUGCAGCUGUGAUCCCACCGACCCCGAGCAGCAGGGUUUCCGGCUGCUCCUGGAUCAGUUCCAGCUGCAGGUGGAGCAGGUGGAGCAGCGGCUGGUGUCCGUGCUCUGCAGAGCUCUGCAGGACUGCAGCGAGCCGGCCUCUUCAGCCAAGCUGCUGCAGAUGUUCAGCUUCAUGCUGCACCGCCCUGUGAUCCAGGAGCAGCUGCGCCCCCACCUGCUGCACCUGCUCCAGGGGUUCCUGCUGGAGCUGGACACCAUCGAGCAGCUGUUCUACACCCAGAGAGAGAAGGCACACACCUUCAGCUGCUACACCCCCCCACCUGCAGCCGCACUCUGUUGGAGCCGGCAGCUCAGGCUGAGGGCGGAGCACACGCUGCACCUCUACACCUCCCUGAAACACCUGUACCGGUCUGCAGAGUGUGAGCAGGUGGAGCAGAGGGUGCAGCAGCUGCUGGUUCUGCUUCAGGACUUCAGAGCCCGGCGGCUCUCAGACUGGAUCAGGGAUCUGGACUCAGACUGUGGAGACGUGAUGCAGCAGCCCCUCAUACAGCAGCUGCAGCAAGGCAUGCUGGGAGUCCCCUGCAGCCACAAGCUGGAGGCGGUGCUGAGGCAGCUCAGGUGUGUGAGCAGGGAUCCAGACGUGGAGCUCCGCCCCCUCGCUGCACACCUGUUCUCCUGUAAAGAUGACAUCACACAGAGCUACCUGAGCCUGGGUCACAUGGUGUCCUGCUACAACCAGGUGCUGCAGGACGGCCUGCAGGUGGAGCGGCCGCUGAUCCAGGACCAGCUGCAGGACCUGGACCAGGACCUGGCAGACCUGCAGAGCAGAACCUGGAGCAGCACAGGUGUGCAUCAGCUGGUGCAGCAGCUCAGUCAGAGGAUCUUGAAGUUUCACUCCACCGUGAGCGAGGCCAGAGCCAACAUGGAUGCCAUGACACGCAUCAUACAGGGCUGGGCGGAGCUUCACCUGCUGCACUCAGGUGACUUCCUGCCGGAGGGUGGAGCUUCGGGGCGGAGCCACAGGUGCAUCACAGAGGAGGGUCAGGAGCUGCUGCGGCUCACACAGGUGAACUGCAGUCUGUACGCUGCUGGACACGGCCCCCCCACCUGGAGCAGCUACCUGGAGCACAUCGAUGACAGAGUUCAGGACGCUCUGCUCAACAUGAUGCACACCGCACUCACCUUCCUGUGUGACAGCAUGAGCCCUAAGAGCUGCAGUGUGUUUCUGACAGUGAGUCUGCAGCUGCAGGAAACAGGAAGUGUGUUUGAGCCCUCAGUGGGCGGCGGCCUCUCAGACCUCCUGCAGAGUUUCAUCAACGACGUCUACAGCGCCGCCAGCCUGCCCCCCCGUAUCUCUGACGGUCACCACGGCAACUACCAGGUGUGUCUGCAGCAGGAGCCCCGCCUCUCUGCUCUGGAACAGGAAGUGAUGCGUCUCCUGCAGAAGGUGAAGGAGGAGGCGGAGCUCCUGCAGGUGAAGAUGGACAGGUACUCUUACCUGUGGCAGAGCGACAGGCGGGCUGUGAUGCAGGAGUUCCUCACCUACAGCCGGCAGCUGGGCCCAGAGGAGCUGGAGGCCCCGGAGGCCCCGCCCACCCUGAAGGACUUCCAGAGAGAGCUGCAGGCCCUCAGCAGCCUGCAGGUGGAGCUGUCUCACCUGGACGAGCAGCGGCUGCUGGGCUGGCUGAAGGUGGAGCUCCGCCCCUUCAGAGACUCCCUGCUGUCAAUCAUCCAGGAGUGGAGCGACAUGUACACACAGCACCUGCUGAGCUCCGUCAGCACAAGUCUGCAGCAGGUGACUCAGCACGCUGAUGAAGACUCCUCUUCCUCCUCUGGGUUCCCGGUGACGGAGACUCUGCUGCUGCUGGAGGCUACAGGAGUGCAGCUGCCUGAACAUCUGUCUGCACAGCUGCAGGUCUGA